AGCUACGAGCAACACCACCACAACGACGCCGUCUACCCCUUGGCGCAGAGUCUGAGCUCCACAAACAUGGCCGAAGAUUUGCACAACGGCAGCCCCGUUCUUCCCGAGCCAGGAAAGCGGAACAUCCUCGUCACUAGCGCCCUGCCCUACGUAAACAACAUACCCCACCUUGGCAACAUCAUCGGGUCAGUGCUCUCGGGGGAUGUCUUUGCGAGGUAUUGCAGGGGGCGCGGUAUCAAUACUCUCUACAUUGGCGGGACGGACGAAUAUGGGACGACCACCGAAGCAAGGGCUCUCGUCGAGGCAUGCACACCAAAGGAGCUCUGUGACAAAUACCGUGUUAUCCAUGCCGACAUAUACAAGUGGUUUAACAUCAGCUUUGACAUCUUCGGUCGGACCACGACUGAGCUUCAGACGGAGAUCACCCAAGACAUCUUCCUCAAAUUGAAUAAGAACGAGUUUUUGAAGGAGCGGCGAACAACACAACUAUUCUGCGAGGCGCACCACUCGUUCCUUGCAGAUCGCUUCGUCGAAGGCGAGUGCCCGGCCUGUGCCUAUCCGGAUGCCCGUGGCGACCAAUGCGACUUAUGCGGUCGUCUUCUAGACACUCUCCAGCUCAAGGAGCCUCGGUGCAAAGUCGACGGUUCCGCGCCCAUCACCAAAGAGACGAACCACGUUUUCAUCGAGCUAGACAAGCUGCAACCAGAAGUCGAAGCCUUCUUCCAGGAAUCCAAUGCAGUUGGCGAGUGGUCUAAUAACGGCAAGGCCAUCACCUCGGCCUGGUUGAAGGAAGGCUUGGAACCACGCAGUAUCACGAGGGACAUGAGAUGGGGAACCAAAGUCCCCCUGCCGGGCUACGAGCAGAAGGUCAUUUAUCCGUGGUUUGACGCCUGCAUUGGCUAUAUCUCCAUCACGGCAUGCUACACUAACCAGUGGGAGAGGUGGUGGCGCAAUCCCAAAGACGUCCAACUGUACCAGUUCAUCGGAAAGGAUAAUGUUGUCUUUCAUUCCAUUAUCUUCCCAGCUACCCAAAUCGGUACUAAAGAAACCUGGACGAAGCUUCAUCACCUCUCUGCGACGGAAUACCUCACAUACGAAGGUGGCAAGUUUUCUAAGUCCCGAGGCAUUGGCGUGUUUGGGGAUUCGGCCCAGAAGACCGGGGUUGCUUCUGAUGUCUGGCGCUUUUUUCUAGCCUUCCAUCGCCCGGAGAGUGGUGAUACCGAGUUUACUUGGGACUCAUUCAUCAGUGACAACAACAACCUACUGCUCAAGAACCUCGGCAACUUCGUCAGCCGUGUUCUGAAGUUCGUCAAUUCUCGGAAUUACGACAGCAUCGUGCCAGACUGGACCGAGUACCACGAGGCCUCCUUCGACGUCUUCAGAGACGACAUCGUCAAGCUCCUUACGCGAUAUAUCCAGGAGCUCGACGCUGUUAAACUGCGCUCCGGCUUGUCCACCGUCCUCGCCAUUUCCCAACAGGGUAACAGCUUCCUUCAGUCGAACAAGCUGGACAGCAACCUUUUCAAGAUUGAGCCCUCCAAGUGCGCGGCUGUUAUCGGUCUCGCCGUCAAUCUCGUGCACCUCCUUGCCGCCCUUCUUGCUCCGUAUAUGCCCGACACGGCAAGCUCCAUCAACAAGCAGCUCUGCGCGGACCCGCUUCCGAUCCCGGAUCGCUGGAGCGCGGAUUCCAUUAAGUCCGGUCACAAAAUUGGCAAGGCAGAACACUUGUUCCGGCCCAUCAAUCCGGAGAAGGCGCAAGAAUGGCGCAAGGCUUUCGGCGCCGAAGAGGCCAAGAAGGUCAAGGAAGAGGAAGCUGCUAUAAAAGUAAAGAAGAACGCAGCGCUAAGAGCUAUAGAGGUGGCCAAGGCUAAUGCUAGCGGAUAA